GGAGUGGCUGGCAGCCGGCUCCCCUGACUGCGGAGUUCCUGGCUCCCAGUCCGAGACUCAUUCCAUCGCUCCAUACCUCCUGCCCUCUUCCAAGUUAAUAUAACAGCCUUUAGUUUCUUGUCCCUCAGUGAUCUCCAAGCACAUAAAGGCACUGACUGAGCCGGUAAUUCGGUAAGAGCUGUCCUGAAAUCCUCCCCUUUCCGCCCCCCGCCCCUGCCCCCUCCACUCUGGCCUCUGGACUGUUUGUCCUCCUGGUGCCCGAAGAACAAUGAGAAAGGUACAGCCUCCCUCCCCCGAGGGACCGGGGCAGGUCACGGCCCCCUCCCUGCCCUGGCACGCCCCAGUCGGGCGCCCCAAGCAAGACCCAGAUUUCUGGUGACUCGAUCCCUCCAAAUUCAGGUGAUCUCCCCAACGUUCCAAGUGGCCACUCCCUCCCAGAUCCCGCCCCAGACCCAAGAGGAGUCAGGACCAGGAGGAGCGGUCACCCCGGGGACUUCAGAAGAUCCCCAGGCACGGACAACAGACUUCCUGGCCUCCGUUUGGGAGGGACCAAUGGCACUGCCCCGGGGCAGCUGGGACCCCCACCGCCGGGGCUCCCGGCCCUGGAAGGGGCUUCUCCUGACAGCAGCCAUCCUCCUCAGCGCCUGGAUCCCACCAGCCCCGGCCCUGCUGAACAUAUUAGCCAUCCCACAGGAACCAGCCGAGGGGGACAACGUCACCCUGCUGGUGCGGGGCCUCCCUGGGGAGCUUCUGGCUUACAACUGGUACCGAGGCACGAACCUCAACCAGGCCCACCUCAUCCUGAGCUACAUCAUCAUCACCGCCGACGAGACGCCCGGACCUGCCUACACGGGCCGAGAAGCAGUGCGGCCCGAUGGGAGCCUGACCCUCCGGAACGUGCUCCCCGAGGACUCGGGCAGCUACAUCCUGCAGACGCUCAACAAGCAGUUCCAGACGGACAUUGCCUACGGGCACCUGCUGGUGUAUGAGAUCCUGGCCCCACCUCUCCUCCUGGCCAACGGCACCGAGCUGGUGGAGCGCCGAGAUACCAUCCACCUGCUGUGCAGCACCCCCAGCGCGGGGGACGUCCGCUGGUUCUUCAACGGGGAGCCGCUGCCCAUCGGCAGCCGUCUGGGGCUCACCCCGGACAAGCGGAUCCUGGUCCGGCACAACGUCCGCAGGGAAGAGGCCGGAGCUUACCAGUGCGAGGUCUGGAACCCCGUCAGUGUCAGCCGCAGCGACCCCGUCAACCUCACAGUGUACUAUGGCCCAGACCGGGUAGCGAUCGUCCAGGAAUCUGCUUUCCGGACGGGCUGCACCGUGGAAGCCGAAUUUGAUGCAUCUCUAACCCUUUGGUGUGUGACCAGGUCCUGCCCAGACCCGGAGUACACGUGGUCUUUCAAUGGGCGGACCCUCGAGAACACCACCAGCUACCUCAACAUCAGUGGGAUGACUAAAGACAAGGAAGGGACCUAUACCUGCAUUGCCAAAAACCCCAUGACUGAGCUCUCGGGCUCGGCAUCGGUGUUGGUCAAGAUGUCGGUCGCCACUUCAGCCAUGACGAUAGUUCCUGUUCCUGCCAAGCCCACCGAGGGAAGGGACGUCAUCCUGUCCGUCCAGGGCUAUCCCAAGGAUCUUCUGGUUUAUGCCUGGUAUCGAGGGACAGCCUCGGAGCCCAACCGCCUGCUCAGCCAGCUGCCCUCUGGAAACUGGAUCGCGGGGCCGGCCCAUACCGGGAGGGAGUUGGGUUUUGCCAACUGCUCGCUGCUCAUCCAGAAGUUAAACCUGACGGACACCGGCCGCUACACCCUGAAGACCGUCACCCUGCAGGGCAAGACGGAGACACUGGAUGUCCAGCUGCAAGUCUCAAAAUAAGUCGCCCGGUGGAGACGGAGGAGGCAGAAAAAGAAAGACGGCGUCAGUCAGCACCUCCAUCCUCGGCGGCGGCAUCCCCGGCCUUCCUCUGGCCCUCAGUCCAGGAAAGGGCAGGGUAGGCCAGGCCCUCAGUGGGGCUUCUGGCCCUUGGAAUCCCCCUGCUCUCCUGGUGCUUACAACCUAGUUUUAGAGCUAACUCUGGCCAGGCGGAUUAGGAGUCGUAAAAUACAGUUAUCAGUUACCUGCA